AUCACCAUGUGGAUGGACAACCACACAGCACAGUCAGAUUUCAUCCUGGUGGGACUCUUCAGUCAAUCCCAACACCCAGCUCUGCUCUGUGUGGUCAUUUCUGGGGUUUUCCUGAUGGCCUUAUGUGGAAAUGCUGUCCUCAUCAUUGUGAUACACACUGACAUCCACCUCCACACCCCCAUGUACUAUUUCAUCAGCCAGUUGUCCCUCAUGGACAUGAUGUACAUUACAGUCACUGUGCCCAAGAUGCUCAUGGACCAGAUAACUGGAAUGAAUAGAAUCUCAGUUUCUGAAUGUGGAAUACAGAUGUUCCUGUAUUUGACACUUGUGGGUGCAGAGUUUUUUCUCCUGGCUGCCAUGUCUUAUGACCGCUAUGUGGCCAUCUGCCAUCCACUCCGUUAUCCUGUCCUCUUGAACCAUAAGAUUUGUCUCCUCCUGGCAUCUGGUUGCUGGUUUCUGGGAUCUGUGGAUGGCUUCAUGCUCACUCCAAUCACUAUGACCUUCCCAUUCUGCAAAUCCAGAGAGAUUCAUCACUUCUUCUGUGAAGUUCCUGCUGUACUGAAGCUCUCCUGCUCAGACACCUCUCUCUAUGAGACACUCAUGUACCUGUGCUGUGUCCUCAUGCUCCUCAUCCCUAUAAUGGUCAUUUCAAGCUCCUAUUCAUUCAUCCUCCUCACUGUUCACAGGAUGAAGUCAGCAGAGGGCAGGAAGAAGGCCCUAGCCACCUGUUCUUCCCAUAUGACAGUGGUCAUUCUCUUCUAUGGUGCUGCCAUAUAUACCUACAUGCUCCCCAGCUCCUACCACACCCCUGAGAAGGACAUGGUGGUGUCAGUCUUCUACACCAUACUCACACCUGUGUUAAACCCUUUGAUCUAUAGUCUUAGGAAUAGGAAUGUCACUAGGGCUCUGAAGAAAACAUUCACAGUGAGACCUAUUUUUCUAGAAACAAAGUAG